AACCAGAAGACACCAAAACACAGAGACUUUCCCAACUUGCAACUCUGAUCAACUUCUCCCUUCUAACGCUCCAAAAAUGAAAGUCUUUCGCCGAUUUGCUUGACUACUUCGUCAUCCUGAAACUUAAUUACCCAAUUUGAAAUCUUAAACCCCAUUUGAAAAUCCCCAAGUCGUUUUUACGUCAGUUUCAGUACUAUAGAAAGUGUACACUUCCGCGUAAAAUACACUGAAUGUCUUCAAUACUAUUGCAAUUAAUGGGAUUCAAGUUAAAUGGAGUUUUAAGUACUUAAUCAGAAUUUUGGGUUAAGCGUUUAGACUAGUAGCAGUGGGUCUUUGUCAUUUUUUUUUAUCAAGAACUGUGUAUAUAGAGAGAGGAAGAAGGAGUUUUGGAUUUUGGGUUUGGGGGUGGAUUAAAAUGUCGAGUAUAACGGAUGCUACAAUAAUUCAUCAUGUGGGUAUUGUGUUGCUUGCACUAUGGUUGCUUAAUUCCUUCGAUUGUUGCCACCCUUUUGCGUACUUCCUAUCGCUUAUCUAUCUCUAUAUGGUUCAUGAGCAGUAUGUGACAAAAUUAAGGAGAAAGCUACAGUUUGAGGAAAAAAGACAGUCUUGUCAGCGGCGAGUACUUUUAGACUCUGAAUCAGUGAGAUGGUUAAACUAUGCGAUUGAAAAGAUUUGGCCUCUCUGCAUGGAGGAGAUUGUUUCACAGAAAAUUUUGCUCGCUAUCAUUCCAUGGUUUCUUCAGAAGUACAAACCCUGGACUGCCAAAGAAGCUGUAGUUCAGCACCUCUAUAUGGGAAGAAGCCCACCUAUGUUCACAGAAAUGAGAGUUCUUCGUGAAUCUACUGGAGAUGAUCACUUGGUCCUGGAGUUGGGAAUGAAUUUUCGUGCUGCCGAUGACAUGAGUGCAAUUCUUGCUGUGAAACUGAGAAAAAGGUUGGGCUUUGGGAUGUGGGCGAAGUUGCAUCUGUUGGGCAUGCAUGUUGAGGGAAAGGUCUUGGUUGGGGUAAAGUUCUUAAGGAAGUGGCCAUUUCUCGGUCGUUUGCGGGUUUGCUUUGUGGAGCCUCCUUAUUUUCAGAUGACUGUGAAGCCAAUUUUCACACGUGGACUUGAUGUAACAGAACUUCCUGGAAUUGCAGGAUGGAUGGAUAAACUUCUUGCUGUUGCCUUUGAGCAGACACUUGUCGAGCCCAACAUGCUGGUGGUGGAUGUUGAGAAGUUUGUGUCACCGCAACCAGAAAACUGGUUUUCAGUUGAUGCCAAGGAGCCCAUUGCUUUUGUGAUUUUAGAAGUUCUUGAAGCAGCUGACAUGAAGCCAUCAGAUUUAAAUGGAUUGGCUGAUCCAUAUGUUAAGGGGAACAUUGGCCUUUACAGAUUCAGGACUAAGACUAAGAAGAAGACAUUGACUCCAAAGUGGCGUGAGGAGUUCAAGAUUCCAGUCUGUACAUGGGAGUCUCCUAACGACAUGCUCAAUAUCGAAGUUCGUGACAAAGACCAUUUAUAUGAUGAUGCAUUGGGAAAAUGUUCCAUCAAUAUCUGUGAUUUUAGGGAUGGCCAGAGGCAUGAUAUGUGGCUGUCUCUUCAGAACAUCAAAAUGGGGAGAUUGCAUCUUGCCAUAAGUGUUAUUGACUGUGCCAAAAAGGGCGCGGAGCAGUCAUAUGAUAGCGGAAGUGUGGUCAAUGAACAGGAAAGCAAAUCUGCUGAGGUGGAUAAAACUGAAGAAAGCUCCUUCACCACUGAAUCAGCUGACAAAUCUUCAAAAACUGCAGAUAAGUAUGAACCUAUUAAUAUUGAAGGGCAGCGGGAGACUGGUAUAUGGGUACACCAACCAGGGAGUGAAGUAGCACAAGUAUGGGAACCAAGAAAGGGAAAGAGCAGGGUUAUUGGCGGAGAAGUUCAUAGUGAGAAUGCUGAUUCUAAGGGAAGUCUUAAGUCAACAUCAGGCGGCUCCUCUCACUAUAAUGAAAACAGGCUUGAUGAAAGUGUUAAUGGAAGUAAGCCGUAUUCCCCAGGUCGUUUUCACAGGGGUUUACAUAAGAUCAGCUCGCUCUUCCGGAGAAGUUCAAGUAAAGAGGAUAAGUCGGGCAAUCUUGGAGAGCCUAUUUCAUCUCCACGUGUGAAUCUUAGGGCAGUUAAUGCUAAGGAUAUCGCAGUGAAGAUUAUAGUGGAUGACACCAUUUUGCCUUCAUCAUUAACAACAACACCUACAGAAGAUGGGAAAGAGAACCGUGCAGGAAAUGGGAAAAACCCCACAAAGUGGAGAGUGAGAAACAGGACAAAGAAAAUCCUUAAAAACGCUGGCAAAUCUGUUGGUGGUGGCAUAAAGAAAGUGAUGUCCGGGAAGUCAUCAGGGAAAUCUAAAGAGGAAGUAGAAUCAUCAGAGACAGAAAGACUGGGCUCUGUAGAAUCUGAUACUUCUUAUGCAGAGUCUCAACGUUCAUCAGUUGAUUCACCUCCAGUUGUAGCACCUUCAGUUGACAACAGUUCCACAGCCAGCUCCGGUAUUGAGAAUUCCGACACCACAAUAAGAACCAGUGAACUGGUAGAUAGUGAAAGCAUCAAAGCUCCAGAUGAGGUAGCAGGGGACUCAAACGAAAAUCAUGUUUUCGGUCAGUCUUCAAGUUUUUAAAAAGUCUGAGGUAGACGAAUGAGGUAAAGUCUGAAUAUGUUACAACAGGAUGCUUUUCUCAGUUUCCCCCAUUGUACAGUCUCUGAAUGUAUAUGUUGUUAUGUCCUGCCUGUAAUAGCUUCGUGUUGGCUAGAUUUAAUGUACCUUAAGUUGAAAGUAGAUGAUUGUUGUUGAAGAUGUUGAAAAUUUGAGAGUUGUUUAUGUUCUUAA